GGUCACAACAUGGUUUGUCUUUUUUACUUUUUUCAUUUCUUUUUUUUAAUUUUAAUAAAAAUAUUCAUAGAUGAUGUUUAUUUACUUGCUGGUACAAAUACUGGAAAAAGUUGUUUAUUUAAUAGUCUUAUUGAUUCUGAUCUUUGUCAUAUUCAUGUACUUAAUUGUAUUCAACGUGCAACUGUAUCAAAUCUUGCUAGUACAACAAUGAAUGUUCUUCGUUUUCCAAUUCAAUUACGAACUGGAAAAAAUGAAUUUAUGCGUGAGGAACGUUUAAAAGAACGAGAACACAAUGAAUUGAUUUUUGAUGAAAAUAAUUGUUCAAUUCAAAACGAAACAACUAUUGUUCAAAAUGUUGAACCAACAGUAAAAUGUCGUCGUCGAUUUGAAUCUGAAAUGAAUUUACCUUGA